UCAGGCUGCGGGUGGGACCGCGCACCGUCUGCACAAGGGCUAUGGAAGCGAGGCAGCUGUCUGGCAACGAGGCGAUGGAGGCUGGAGGAGGAGGAGGAGGAGAGCAUGGAGAUGAGGAGAGAGUCAAGACUGAGUGCCUGAGACUGACUGAAGAGAGAGACGAAGCUGAAAGACAGCUCAAGCACAUUAAGAGAGUUUCUCAAAUGGUAAUUGAGGAGGUGAACGUGCUACAGACUCAGCUUGAGAUUGAGAAGUCUUGUCGGGAAAAUGCUGAAGCAUUGGCAACCAAGCUGAACUGUGAGAACAAGAAGCUAAAAUAUCUGAGUCUGUCAUCUCGACCCUGUCUGGAUGAGCUCCUGCCCAGCAUUUCAGACUGCAUCGCUUUGGAGGAGGAAAGCGAUCCACAGGAGCACAGCCCAGACCCCUAUACCCAGUACCAACAGCAGGUUAAAGACCUUCAGGAAACAGUCAACACAUUACUGGAGGAAAAAAAGCAGCUAGCCUGUCAGUUACAGGAGCAGCAAAGACAGAUCGAGGAGCUGACAGCACUUACUGAAAAAGAGCAAGCAGAGAUGAAGGAGCUUCACAAGACCAUUGAGCAGCAAAACAAGACCAUCAAGAGGUUCAACAGAGUGUCCAUGAUGGCGGCAAAUGAAUAUGAAGGACUGAAGGAACAGUUGGAUCUGGAGCAGAACCUGAGGCAGAAGGCAGAGACCUAUGCACAUGAGAUGUUGGUGAAACAGAAAGAAGCCAACAGACAGAGUAUGAUUCUCCUGCAGCAGGCGGACCCUAGUGUUCAGCUGCUCAAAGCACUAGAGGACGUAGCAAAUGUAACCAAAACACUGGAGCAGGAACGCCUGCAGCACCAAGAAAAGGUGAAGGCAUUAGAGGUUGAGCUGGAUCAGAGUGCCUUGCGUAAGCAACUAGAACAGCUGCAGAAACAGCUGGAGUUACUGGACGAGGAGAAAAAAGACGUGGAAGAGCGUCUCCAGCAGGAGGUGAAAAAGUACAGUGACUUGGAGAGCAGAGUGCAAGAGCUGCAGGAGUCUCAGAAGAAGAGUGAAUCAGUGCCAGCUCCGUCUCCUGGGACUGCACCUCCCCCUGCUCCUCCUCCUCAACCCCCUCCUCCUCCCCCGCCUCCUCCUCCUCCUCCUCCCCCUCCUCCACCACCACCUCCCUCACGCUGCAACCCCAUCAGCUCUCUCAUCGCAAUCAUGAGGAAAUCUUCCAAGGCUGGAAAAGGAUCUCCAAAAUUAGAGCAGGCUCCAGCUCCAGAAGCAGAUGAUGUCAAAUUAAAGGCUGUAAAUGAAAUGAUGGAAAGAAUCAAGCAUGGGGUGGUUCUUAGACCUGUAAAAGGACAGGACACAAAGAGAUUUGUUUCCAAGCAAACAACUCCAGCAAGUGAGGAAAAGCACCAGGAGAGUGCUAUGGAGGAGCUAAAGGGCAUCCUGGAUACAGUAAAAAAGAGUCAGAGUCGUGGCUCUCAGGAGACAUUGCCUGUUAAGAAGGACAGUGAAUUGGAAGUUAUUCUCAGGAGGAGACGCAAGCAGGCCUGUGAACCAGCUUCCGCGGAUGAGGUGGAAGGUCAGAUCAGCAAAGUGUCCUCAAUUGAUAGUCUGAACGGCCGGCACAGUUCAGACUCAGGAAAAGACACAGAUAGGCCAAGCAGCAGCUCUCUCUCAGGGAGUGAUUCCAGCCCCAGGAGCAGCUCCGAUUUGGGCACUGAACCAAAUGCAAGCAAGCAAAAUCCUUCUGUGUGUACUUCAGGGAAAGAGUCCGCUGAACUGGUCAUCAAUGAUUCUUCUGCACGAGAGCAUAAGGAUGAAGAACAGGAGAAAAGUAGACGACACAGUGGCCUUAGUCACCCGGCUCAACAGGCGGACCCACAGGUGACGAUCAGCUCCACGGCAGACAGUACCAACGCAACAAACGGCAGCAUGGAUGCUGAGUGUUAACAGCAAUGAAUGGCACUAGCAGGACAGCUGCAACAUUUGCACAGAAUCUUUCUUUGUCCCUUUUCAUUUAAUUUUUUAUUCCAAAGUCCAGAUAUAUUUUUAGUUUUAGUUACUAACUGCCUUCUUAUGGAAUGCAACAGUUUUUUUCUUUUCAACAUGUUUUGACACCUAAAAGGCACAAGCUCAGUUGAAAAGUUGAUUGAUAUUAUGAUUGAAAUUGAUAUUAUUAUUAUUAUUAUUAUUAGAUCCUGUGGUAAUUCUAUUUGCAAAUUAGUUAUGGCCACAAUGAGUACAAUGAACAAAGAGAUUUUAAAAGCAUCAUAUGAAACGCAUUCCUAACCAGUGUCUUUUGGGUAUUUGGGUGUUGGUUAUUAAGUAAUUUUAAUGCUUUUUUUUGGUUUGUAAUUAUUUGUCUUGAUCUAAUGUUGGCCACCCAACUACGACGACUUCUUUCAGUUACCUGAACAGCACGAAUAGCGCUGAACAUUAAGCCCUUAAUUAAUGUUAUGAUUUUUACUAUAAUCAUUGUUUGUCCUGAUAAACACUUCACAGUGUAAAAAGACCAUGAACCAGUUAACAAUAACUGUUUUCUUA